GGCUGGUUGUGGUCGUCUUGUGUUUCCGUCUGUCGUCAGCCACCUCGGUUGUUUCAGCGUUCAAUCAAGUAAUAGGUUAUUCAACUAGGCCAGGGAAAAACUUUCUUUGCAGUCUCUCGGUCCGUCAGACUCUACCGUACGGCUCUUCCACACCACACCACACCACCCCUCCCUCUCUUUCAGAACUCACCAAUCAGUCCAAACCACACACACACACACACUCACACACACUCACACACAUGGACGCACCACGACGCCCACCCGGCGGCAGACGUCCCUUCGGGAAGAGCCACCCACUCCAUUAGGCGCACAACCACACAGGCAGGCAGGCAGACAGGAAGACAGACUACAGGCAGGCAGAGAGGCAGAAAGGGCUGCCCUGUCUAGCGGAUAGCGGCGCUCAGCUGAACACUCUGUGUUGCUGGGCUGCCGUCCGGGCGCCUGGCCUGUGGUCAGUCAGGGCAGUCAAGUCACUCGCUCACAUGCAAUGGCAUUGGUCGACCGCUUCACUCCUUCCCUCCCUCCCUCUCGUACUAGCAGCAGCACUCACACACUGGGCCGUGUGACUGAAUUCGCGACUCUCUCUAUCCAGGAGAUCAAUCAGGUCAGCUAGGAAUGUGUGUGUGUGUGUGUGUGUGAGUGUGUGAAGCAGAGCGCCGUGCCGCUGCGUGUACCAGGUACCAGUCAGGGCCAACAGCUGCACACUUACACGGCAGCGGAGGGGAGCGCACCGAGACCUGGCCUGCCUCGUAUCGGCAGCCGGCCGCCCACCCCCAUAUAGCCAACAAUCUCGCGCACCCACACACACACCCUGGUCCGUGGACAGACAAAGGCAAUAUUGGUAUUAGCAUUAGCUGUGGAGAUAAAAAUCGUUGGCUCACGCACACACACAGACAUACAACGCACACAUACGCCACGCCCAACCCACGCAGAUCGACCGACACAAGAAUGGGCCGCACCCACUCUGCCUCCCAAAUGAGGACUGACUGUCUCCCAGACACACACAGCGUACACACACACACACACACAUCACGUCCCACACACGCAGCCAACUUCUCCAUGCCGCCCAUCCGUCCAUCCAUCCACCACGAAAAAUACCCACCCGCUCCCCCGUGUGCGAUGUCAUGUGGUGUGGUGUGUCCUCCCCUCCCCACGUGCAAGAUGCACUCGGCCUGGGGCUAAGGAGGAACACAACACACACACAACAGUCACACCCACACAUGACACAGACCCACACCCACACACGAAGUGCCCUCCCUCCCUCCCUCCCCGGCACUCACAGAUGCAGGCGACGCGACCGUGCUGCAUCUCGUGAGCGAGCGCUAUCCCUGUAACCAUGUAUGUAUCUCACUCACUUCACCCAAACCACACACGCACAUUCCAUUCACAGAGAGAAGGAAAGGACAAAAGUCACCGAGCCGCCCAUGAAAGGAGCAAAAGGGGCGGUCGGUCGACUUGACACCGUUGUCAGUCUGCCUGUCUGUCUGCCUGCCUGUUCGUGUGGCUUUCGGCCGCUCAUGGCUCCUCCCUCCCCAACUUCGCGUCAGUCCCAACGUGAGCAGGGGACUGGGGCGCUGUUGAGAGCUGGCACGCCAUAACCGACCAUCAACGGGUGGGACACAAACUAGCUAGAGUGAGUACCUAGCUAGAAGCUGGUCGGAUGCUCUUCCUUCAGGUAAUCAGCUAGUGAUAGUCAGAGUAUACGCACGCACAAUUCCAUAGCAGAUAUGAAUGUGUGUGAUUGUGUGUGAGUGUCUGUGAGUGUGUGUGUGUGUGUCAACACACGCACACUUGUACAGGCGUGGGCGAACCACUCUGGGACAGCCGAACGGACGAACGAACCAGUGAGAGUGAACAAUUCAUUCAUCCAUCCAUCCAUCCAGCAGCCUUCCUGUCGAUGGCCGUCGUGCAGGCAGCAUCUCAGCGCCGCGCCCACCGAGGGGGCAGCACUCUCUCUGGCACCCCUUACAAGACCGAAGGAAGUCGAGAAGCUCUUAAGCUCUCCACAUAGAAACGGCCACAACCCCAUCUCAAAAUCAUCGCUGUGCUGAGACCCCAACCCCCACCACCAAACAUUUUCCUGCUCUGCCUUGACUGGUGAUGAAAGCUGCUGGAGCGAUCUGGAUGGAUGGAUGGAUGAAUGCGUGUGUGUGUCUGUCCGUUCGUUCGUUCGCUGCCCCCAUGACAUGAAAGGCAAAAACUCUCAUUCUCACCACCACCACGUCACAGCCCAGACACAGCACUGCACCAUGCACCGCACCCCGGCCAGCCCAGCGACCCCCUCUCACACCACCCUCACCCUCACCCCCACACACACAGAUGCACCCACGCACGGGCCACGGACAAUGUCAUGAGCAAUAACAGCUUUCGUUUUAUUUAAAGGAGGUCAAAACGGCAGCACACACACACAUACCUGGACGGGUUUCCCACCAGGCACAGGCACAGAUCAUCAUCAUUUUCAUCAUCAUCUCAGACACACCCCUCCCCUGCCCCCCUACCCUACAGCGUCCCCCUCUCCCACCCCUCCCCUCCCCUGUGUGUGUCUGGUCCGACUGACGGUAUGGGUGGGCGGUGUCACGGCGCGUCCACUAGGGAUGUGAGGUAGAUAGAUGCCGUCACGACCGCCACCCCACCACCACCACCAAGGACACUCACACACACAUGCACACAUUCACACACACCCUCACUCACUCCGCUUUGACGCCCCCUCUCCCUCCCUCUCUGUGUCCUUCCCUUCCUUGCUCACUCAGCGUCUCGCGCGGCACGAUGCACGAGGAAUUGAAAGUCUGACUGGCCGGUACGUGGCCAGGACAGGCGAGGGAUGAGAUGAGAUGAGAUGGCAGGGAGGGCAGGGAGGGAGGGGAGAGGGACAAAAGAAGGCCGUUCCGGCACUCACUCGCGCACACACACGCAUACGCAGUCACUCACACGGCACGAGAAAGCACCGAUCGCACCGCACACCCCAGGCAAAAAUCCCCAUCCUCUCCUCUCGUCUCGUCGUCUGGCUGGCUGGCCGACCGGCAUCUCCGUCAAAACGCGGAGACACACACGCGUGUGGGUGGCUGGGCGGAUCGGAUCGUCUUGAUUGAUUCCUCUCUAUGAGAGCAUGCUCAUUCAAACGAGCACCGCACCGCAGCCAGCCGUCCGUCCUCCCACACCACAACACACCCCCUGUGCACCCAAAAAUGGCACAUUUCAUUAACGUAGCGCAGCAGCAGCAGCCCAACGGAGAAACGUACCGCCACACAGAAUGCAUCAGCUGAAUUGAAUGCCCGUGACUAGAACCGGCCCCCUCUCGUCGUCAUUGCUUGCCUUGCCGUCCUCUGCUGGUGAUAGGGGUAUGGGAGCGUCUGAUGCCCGCUGCCGCCCACUUGGCACUGCAGCACUCGCACGCCACCCUGUUGCUGACGGUGGUGCUGCUGCUGUUGCUGCUGCUGCCACCUGCCGCCCUUGGUGCACCGCGGCUGCAUUCUCCUCGCAGAAGAGAGGACGGGGCGGGGCAGUAGGGCGCCGAAGGGAGGCACCAUCCCACCGUGGCCAUCGGACAGCCCGUCGAAGCCGCUCUCACUGCUGGUGAUGCUCUUGGGGCUGUCGCUGCCUGACGACGACGACCGGCCGCUGCUCCCGCUGACGUCAGACACGCCGAGCGCGUGUGUGAACCUUGUGGAUCCCGUCGAGUUGGAGGCCUUUUCGUCUGCAUCGCUGUCUGCUUCUUUGGCUGACGGUGGGAAGUGGGUGGGGAGGGAGGGGGGAAGGGGAGGUGACGGCAGCGACGCGGGAGACGAUGACGAUGACGCCGAUGUGGAUGUGGCUGUGGAUGUCGUGGAGGAGGGUGUGUCUGAGAGGAGGGCCGGCGUGAAGCAUGUCCAGAAGUUCCAGGUGAGCUGCGCGUUGGCGGGGGUCCAGUAGCCGGACGGCAGGGACGCAACCUGACGACAAGACACCAAACACAACACACACGUGAGGCAGCUGCGGCAUUUGGUUUGGUCAAGUACAGCUAUGGCCGAUGGAUAGAUCGCCGACCUACCUUGCUGUCGACUGGCAGGGGUGUGAAUUUGUCGAGUACGCGGAACCUCGUGGACUGGACGAUGACGUGGUUGCGGCGGUUGACCGACACGCGGCACACGUCGCGGAGCUCCUCAGACAAGAGGAAGUCGCUCAUCUUGGUGUACCCAUACACAGUCGGGUCGAUCCGCUUGUUGUAUCUGACCACAUACCAUACCACAUGUCACAGAACAACACGGCAUCCACACACACAGAUAUGCUCGUAUCGGUCACAUGGACUCACUCACAGACGCAUGCACCUGGCAGAGAACUCCCUGUUGAGUCUUGAGAGUAUGACCCCAUUCGGCCUCUCGUCGAGGAGGUCCUUGAUCUGCUCGCGCAGCCCGGAAAUGUCCUUGGUGUUGGGGAGGGGUGCCUGAGUCUGUGUCUGGGGGGUGGGCAGGGGGUGCGGGUGCACCUCCUCCUUGACAGGCUUGGACACCGCUGCGCACGCCGCCUUGCGAACCGCUGCCACCGGUUGCAACACGCUGAGACCACACACAGACAAGGAGAGCAAUCAGGUGAGGUGGGAGGGGUGCAUGGUUGUCAGUCAGAAGUGCUGCUGACCUUCGUUCGUAAGCGAGUAUGCCUCGUGAGAUGGCGAGUUGGACGAGGUGGCAGACCUGCCCGAGGGUGAGGUGCUGCAGGAAGGACAGCUGCUGCCGGUACAGCUCCAUUGCCAUGCCAUAGCGACCGCCCUUGAACUGGUAACGACCUGAGAAGAGAACCACACGCCCCCACGAAGACGGAACAUCGACGUGUGUCGUCAUUCCCCCUCCCAAUGUGCUGUGAGUGAGUCUUGUGCCUCGGCUCUCACUCACCGAGGUUAGGACAUUCGGGUCUCUUGCCACUGUUGGUGGUCUGCAUGAGGACUGCAAUGUGCCCCAGGAAGCCCUGCCACACCUCCUCGGGGUAGGGGUCGUCUGAACUGUUCGGAUCAAUCCAACCCUCAAACAACUCUAAAUGACACACACACAACACAACACAUCAUGCCAUCCGAUGCCAUGCCACCCCGCACACACAGAAAGGACCUCACCCCCCACCCUCCUUCCUUGACGCACCUGGCUCCUUCUUGAACAUGACCACAGGGCUGCCUUCAUUGUACAGCACCGAGUACUCGGGCAGUGUCUCAUACAGCCUCAGGAAGUUCUGCUGCAGGUGUUCGCUCGCCCCGUUCUCCUGCAGCCGCCGCAACACGUCGGGCUCGUGCGGCCGUAUCUGGUCCUGGUACAGCGACAGAAGCGCCUGACCCAGCACCUCUCGCUCCUCGUCAGAGGCCGGCUGAGCCUGCCAUGUGACGCACUGCUGGGCGGCAGUCACGGCCGCCGUGGCGGGGAGGGUCACGCAAGGAGGCAGUGCAGGAGCCAUCUUCUCUUCUAUAGCGAUGAUAUCUGAGCGCCG